UUUGGAGUCAGACGAGGAAGAGAGGGACGAAGGGCCGUGGCCGUUUGCAGGAAAUCAAGAGCAUCCCAAAUAUAGCAUCCAUCCAAAGACAGGUUGUGUUUUUCUCUGCAGUAUGGCUGACUCCUCGGCUGCGUCACUGGCAGAGGUUGAAACUGCUUUCCAGAAGUUUGCGGUUCACGGUGACACUAAAGCAACUGGCAAGGAGAUUAACAACAAGAACUUUGCAAAACUGUGCAAGGACUGUCGUAUCAUUGAUGGAAAAAACGUCACCACUACAGAUGUGGACAUCGUUUUCAGCAAAGUCAAGGCAAAAGCAGCCCGAGUGAUCACAUUUGAGCAAUUCAAGCAGGCGUUGGCAGAGCUGGCUCCAAAACGCUUUAAAGGGAAGAGCCAGGAGGAGGCAGUGGAGCAGAUGUAUGGCCUCAUCGCUGGGAAGGAACCUGCUAAAGUUGGAGUCACUAAAGCUGCAAAGGCUGGUGCCGUGGACAGACUAACGGACCCCAGCAAGUACACUGGAGCACACAAGGAGCGCUUUGACGAGUCGGGCAAAGGGAAGGGGAAGGCGGGCAGAGAGGACAUUGCCGACACCAGCGGAUACGUGGGGGCUUACAAAGGGAGUGGCACUUAUGACGACAAAGUUAAAGAGGCAUAACUCACCUCUUAUGAGAAAAGUAAUAAUCCUCAUGUAUUUUUAAAUAGACAGGCCAAUGGGGUCAUAAAUGAUACACGAUACUUACUGACAAGCUCCUCCUAUGAACGUAAAAAGCAUUUAUCUGAUAUCCCACAUCCUCUCUCAUCAUUACAAACCCUUUUUGCUCCGAAUGUCAAAGCAGCGACCAAAUUGUUGGCAUUAGAUUUGCAUUGUGCCUUUUGAAUCAAAUGAUAUGCCACGAAUCAGGAAAACUGUAUACAUUUUUAGAAGUAUAAUGAGUAAAUGUAUAAUUGUCUAUAACGCAGAAUUUGAAUGUUAAAAAUCUCUAAAUGACCAAAGUAAAUUGAAUAAUAACACUCUUCCAGUUUAUUACUUGCUUUGUGUUUUAUUUAUUGGUGAGUUCGGUUUGAAAUGUUAAUAUAAUGUGUUGAAUGAAUGUGAAUGUACAAAAAUACAAAAUAAAAUCAUGCCUCAAUACGG